AAUUGCAGUAUGAUAUGCUAUUCUAACUCUGUCUUAUCAGUAAGACGAAUAGGAUCAAAGAAGUUCCACUAGUCCUAAUGUCAUAACCUCAGCCACUGUCAUGACUCACUGCUCUUUCAGAUGAGUCUGCUUGUCCUUAAAUGGAACUUGCUAAUUCCAUCAUUUUUUCCGGUUUGCAUGUUCAUGGUGGCCCAGCCAGGCACAAGCUCUGCCUCUAAACAGACCUGCCCGCCUGGCUUUUCACCUCGCCUUCCUCCUGAAGCCUUUCCGAAAUGACUCCUCCUUCUCCCAUCUCUGCCCUCUCCACCCACCCCCACGUCAGCCUGCCUGUGGACCCCCCCCCCCAUUCUGUAGGGUCAUUGUUCAUUCCUUGUCAGCUCCCAUCAGCAACACAGUUACUUGGUCCAGGAAGUUAGCUUCCAACAAUGAUAACAAUUUAAAAUAUGGAUCGUCUCAGCCAGAAGUCAGCCCGCUAUUUUUGUGGCAGCUCCUUCCGGGCGCUCAGACUUGAGACUACACACGAGACAAGCAGCCCGCAAGCCAGUGAGUGCUGUCAUCGCAGGAAGGGAGCACAGAAGGCUUGUUGGAGGUGGAAGGAUGGGCUGAAAGGGAGCCUGCUGGGAGAGUCUUCUUGACAACUUCCCAUGCCGUCAGCUCCACAGAAUUCCGUUUCUGAGAACCUGCCCGGAGCAUGCAGUGACAUUGCGUAACCCGCCUCCAGAGCAGGCGGUGUUAGCUGUGGCGCUCAGAGCGGCUGUUUCACCGGACAUGAGAGGAGCGAGCGGCAUGGAUGGGGCGCCCAAGGCACUCUUGGCCAGGGCACUUUAUAACAAUGCCCCGGACUGCUUUGAUGAGCUGGCUUUCUGCAAAGGAGACAUUCUGACCAUUCUGGAACAGCAUGUCCCGGAGAGCGAGGGCUGGUGGCGGUGUUUGCUCCACGGGAGGCAAGGCCUGGCUCCUGCCAACCGCCUCCAAAUCCUCUCGGAGGCCCCGGAAGACGGGCCCUGCCCCCCUCUCCUGACACCGCUGGAAAAAGGUCUCACCAGCUCCAAGGAGGCUUACCAGGCGACCACCCCGCUGAGGCCCCCACCUCCAGGCCCCGUAUACGAGUCGAUGAAGAGCUGGGUGGUGGGGCCCCCGCCACAGACAGCCCAAGUCUACGAAUUCCCUGACCCACCCGCCAGCACCAGUGCCAGAAUCGUCUGUGAAAAGGUGCCAAGCUUCCCGAAACAGGCCGUCGUCCCGGUUCCCAGACCCGCCCAGGCCUCGUUGCUCGCUCUGUACGAUGUGCCUGCCCAGAGCCGCAGCCCCUCGGCCUUGAAGGAGCCGGGGAAGCAGCAGUUAUACGACAUCCCCGCCAGCCCCAGGAAGGCAGACCGCGGUCCCCCGGCCGGCCGGCCCAGCAGGCAGAGUGCUCCUGUGACAGCAACAGUUCCCUCGAGGACAGCCUGCUUCAAAACAUUGCCAAACCCCCAGAAACCUGAGUGGAUUUAUGACAUUCCAGCGUCUCCAGCAAAAGCUGGUGUGAGAAACAUCUGUGCUGCCAGCGUUGUGGAAGAAUCGGGGUCGCUCCCCAGAUCUAUGUCCGGCUUCCACAGUCCUCCGAGUAGCAGAGCGCAGCCCCUCGCUCCACUCCUGCAUGGAGAUGUGCCCAUGCGGAACCCCAGCCUUCCAGAAGCCCCCGCCGGCCCCGGUCCAGUGCCGGGGGACACCUGCCCUCCCGAUGGCGGAGUCAGCUACAAGGUCCCUUCCAGCUUCCUGGUUCCCCGCCUGGAGCAGCAGAACACCAAGCCCAACAUCUACGACGUCCCUGUGGCCGUGCCCAGUGGCCCUCGGGCUGGAAAAGAGCUAGGGGACGCCGACAGGGCUUCAGAGGAGGCCUCGGACCCUCACUGCGCAUGGCUCUCCAGACAGGCCACAUGGCUUGCCCCUGAGACUGACAGACUGUCCGUGAACAGCUCUGACAGCAGGGCCAGCGUCAUGUCCUCCUGCUCCUCCACGUCCACUGACUCCUCGUGUAGCUCCUCCUCCGAGGAGACAGCGAAGGAGCUGUCCUUGGACGUGGCCUUAGCCAAGGGGACGGUGACGGCCCUCCAGCAGAAGGUGGCCAGCUCGGUGGACAGCCUGAUGCUCUUUGUGAGCAGGAAUUGGAGGCUCAGAGACUCCCUGGAGGCCAACAUCAAGGCGAUCCGCAGGGCCGCCGACCUCAUCGAGGAGUCCCUGAGGGAAUUUCUAGACUUUGCCCGUGGAGUCUGCAGGGCCCCCUGUCACCUCCCCGGCAGUAGCCUCCAGGACAGAAUGAGGGAUCAGCUGCAGACAAUCUCCGACUCCUACCACAUCCUGCUGGAAGCCAAGGAGAGCCUGGAGGGCUGCCACUGGUCCCUGGAUGUCCUUGUGACAGACAGAGCCCAGGGCAGCCUGGAUGACCUGGAGAGGUUUGUCUCAGUGGCGCGGAUGGUCCCGGAAGACAUCAAGAGGUUUACCUCCAUUGUCAUCGCCAAUGGGAGGCUCCUCUUCAAGCAGAACUGUGAGAAGGAAGACACCCCAUCCUGGGCCCUCAGGAAAGAAUUCAAGCUUGCAGAAGGCACCCAGCUUCCCCUGAGGGAAAUGGAGUCCCACCAGCGGAGUGCGCCUUGUCCUCAGCAGAGGGAGGGCAGGCCCUGCCGGGCCAGUGUCUGUGAAAAGAAGUUGCCUAACCUGGAAGAGAAAGUGAAGCCCAUCCGGGAACAAAAGUUGGAUGAAAACAAAGACUUAGAAACACAGGACCCCAGCGCCCCCGGACCCCUGCCUCCGGGCCAGCAGGACCCCGGGGAGAAGGCCCGCCUCUCGGAGCACUGCCGGCUCUAUUUCGGGGCGCUCUUCAAGGCCGUGGGCGUCUUCCGGGACAGCCUCCUCCACGCCCAGCCCCCCGAGACCCUCGUGGCGCAGAGCAAGCUGGUCAUCACGAUCGGGCAGAAGCUGGUGGACACGCUGUGCAGGGAGACGCAGGACAGGGACGCGCGCAACGAGAUCCUGCGCGGCAGCAGCCGGCUGUGCGGCCUGCUCAAGGCCCUGGCGCUGGCCACCAAGCGCGCCGUGCUGCCCCGCCCCGGCCCCGCCGCGCUGCAGGGGCUCCGCGCCGCCGCCCAGGAGCUGGAGCAGCACGCGCGGCAGUUCCGGGGGUCCUUGGACUGAGCCGCCCUCGGUCCCCUCUGUGAUGGGGAAAGCUAACUCGCAGGGUGUGUG